AGCCAUGGACUGACUUUCUCGCUGAAGUUGGCCACCUGAUGGUUACUAACUGCUGUAGGCCUUGGAAAAUGCAGCGAAGAUACCAGGAAGUGACCGUCACAUGCGGUGCUAGAAAUCAUGCAGACCAUGAGAUAUGGAUCUGUCAGGCAACUUGCUAGAUUUGCAGCAAUCAAAGUACUGUUGAAGCAACCAACAAACACCUAGCAUGCAGCUGCAGCUGUCAGUGCAAAGCACACCAAAAAGCAGUGAAGCAUACUCUGCAUCUACUCAGCAAAGACUCCUGACCAUCAUAUGCAGUGUCCCCUGUGACACUGGCUCUUCACCUCACCUGAUUGAAACCACCGGGUUGCUGCAAGGGUACAAACUACAAAGACAGGAUCAUCAAAGCAUUCAGAAAUGAUUGCUUUUGAAUGAGACUAACUAGCUUACCUCCCAAUUUCAUGAGACAGGACACCGUAGCGAAUGGAACACAUCCAUAAAAGCUGGACCAUAGAUGGUUGCAUAUAAUGCCCCUGCCCACUUCAGCAUCUAGGACUGUAGUAUGCAUCUGAUUGCUCAGCCCACUAGUCCGCUACCUUUGCCUCUACACAGCAAGCCAUGGCCCAGCAAAAUCUGAUCUGAAUCUGGCUGCCUCCCUUUACAGCCACCAGCCCACACACCUUGUCCCCUCUCAGCUGCUAGUAAGUCCCGUAUCUCUGUGCUUAUAUAUUCAUGGGCUAAGACUAAGACACCAUCACUUCAUCAAGAAACUCACACCAAGCAUUUCUGAGUGAAAUACCUGAGAACCAAGAACACCUAGCCAUGACCAUGACCCAUCCCAAGAGGCUUGCUCAGUUGGUGAGGAAGUGGCAAAGGGUCAAGAUGGUGGCCAGGGAUGACGAAGCAUGCUGCACGACAUCGCCGGUCGCAGAUAAAGGUCACUGUGCCAUGUACACGGCCGACGGGAGACGGUUCGAGGUCCCGUUGGCAUACCUCAGCACGACAGUCUUCGGCGAGCUGCUAAGGAUGUCCCAGGAAGAGUUUGGGUUCACAUGCGACAGCAGGAUCACACUGCCCUUUGAUGCAGUGGUGAUGGAGUAUGUCAUGUGCUUGCUCGGAAGAAAUGCUUCAGAGGAAGUAGAGAGGGCGUUCCUGAGCUCUGUAGUGAUGCCUUGCCAAUAUCCAAGCUGUACAGUGCCACAUGAAACGCUGCAUCAACAGCUUGCAGUUUGUAGCUCCUGAAUAUAUGCAGAGUUUUUGCC